ACGUUUUUCUCGCCGUAAUUUUUUUUACCGCGAUUGUUGAACGUCCCACUUUGUUUGGCGGGAUUCACCUAGAAGGAAGGAGAAUAUUUCGCAGUUUAUUUUCUGCAAAUUAACGAGCAUCAUGCAGUUUCAAAGGAGACACAGGAAGCUGGGCACCAACCCUCAGUCAGAGCUGUACCUGCAGCCUCUGCAGUUUUAUGGGGAGCCUCCUCUGGAGAACAUCUCUCUCGCAGAAUUUGAGACAUUUGCUGUGGAAAGAUUAAAAUUGCUAAAGACAGUUGAGAAUUUGGGGGUCAGCUAUGUGAAACAUAGUAGUCAGUACAAACUGAAGAUGGAUAAUGAGCUGAGGCUGCUGCACUUUCCUUACAGACCAGACACUAAUGACAAGAAACCUCUGACUGGACCGAGCGAAUUUGAGAAACGACGGAAGGACCACAUCUCCCACUUUAUUCUCAGACUAGCUUACUGCCAGACGGAAGAUCUGAGGCGCUGGUUUAUACAGCAGGAAGUGGAUCUUUUUCGCUACCGCUUUACUGAUCUACCGCCACAACAAAAGCUUGAAUUUCUUCACAAGAACAAUCUAAAAUAUAACACAUUAAGCGACAAAGAGAAGAAUGAGCUGAGUGACAAACUCCUGAUGUCGAGUUACUCCGUCAGUGGAGUCACCGUGGAGAAGCUCGAGUUCUACAAGGUUCCUUUUCAAGAUGCCCUUGAUUUAGUGCGAUCUCGAAAAGUGUAUCUAAAAGCUGGAUUUGCAUUCGUCCCUCAACAAGACAUCGUUACCAUCGUCCUCAACGAUUUCCGCACGCGCCUCUCCAAAGCUCUGGCGCUGACGGCCCGCUCACUACCAGCAGUGCAUUCAGAUGAACGCCUCCACCCACUCCUGAACCACCUCAGCCACGCAUAUCUUGGACAAGACUACAGCAUCCAGAAGAAUGUUGGGAAAAUCUCCUUGGAGCAAAUUGAUUCUCUUUCAGGAAAGUCCUUCCCGCUCUGCAUGAGGCAGCUCCACCAGGCGCUCAGAGAGAACCACCAUCUCCGACAUGGAGGACGCAUGCAGUACGGGCUCUUCCUCAAAGGAAUCGGCAUCUCUCUGGAACAGGCGCUGCAGUUCUGGAGGUCAGAGUUCAUACGGGGCAAAGUGGAUGCGGACAAGUUUGAUAAAGCAUAUGCUUAUGGCAUCCGUCACAUGUACGGCAAAGAAGGCAAGCGAGCGGACUACACGCCGUACAGUUGCAUGAAGGUGAUUUUAUCAAACCCACCCAGUCAAGGGGACCAUCAUGGAUGUCCGUUCCGCCACAGCGACCCAGAGCUGCUAAAGCAGAAGCUUCAGUUUUACAAGGUGUCUCCCAGCAGUAUAACACAGAUAAUGGAGCUGGUCAAAGGAAUGCAUUUUCAGCUGGCAUGCCAGAAAUACUUCGAGGUGACACAUAAUGUGGAGGACUCUUCUUUCUCACUCAGUCACCCCAACCAGUACUUUAUAGAGAGCCAGAAAGCUUUAGGUGGAGGCAAGGAUCCAAAGAGGGAUGUGGACGUUCCUCAGAAGGUGCAGGAAACCUCUCAGCAUUUGGCAGAGACGGCUGAGGACCUGGAAGCUCUUUUUAAAGAUGGCUGAUUUCUCUCACUACAUGGAGAAAUCCUCCACCUUUUUCUAUUGGAGAUGGUUACAUACUGUCUUCAAGCCUCUUGCAUCACAUUUGAAUUAUGCUUUUUCUUUUUUUUUAAGAUUUUUUUUUUAUAUUCACCUUGUCAGAUUGGAGCCUCCUGUAAAACUUGUAAUAAACACAUAUUUAGCUCCUUUGCUUUCGCUGUGGACUGAACUCGCAGGGCUUAAAUCUGGUCUCUGUUUGGAUGGAGUUUGGCUUUUGGGGGAAACCGUAAACAUUUCCUUGCUGUCCCCAAAACAAUGUCUUUGUAUUUGAUGGCAGCUUAAUGGAUAAAUGCUGACAGGAGGAUGGAUGAAAAAAUAAACCAUUUCCACAGUUGUAUUA